AUGAAAAACACAACAGAUGCGGUUUCUAUACUCGAGUAUGCGGAAGCCUACACUGUUUUCAAAGGAAACAUAAAAGUUCAAGGGAUAUGUCUGACAAAUAUUGGCCAUAUUCAUUAUAAGCUCAAAGAUUAUCAGAAAGCCGCUAAAAAUUAUGAAGAAGCUUCUAAAUGAGCUUAUGCCUUAUUUAGAUCACCUGAUGUUCCUCAAGACAGAGUUCAAGAGUAUAUCAAGCUUUGCUCUAAACGAAAGUACUACGCAAGCGUAUGCAAAUACAUGCACCUCAAAAGUAAAGAAGGAAAGCCAACUGAAGAAGAGAUUUUGGAGGUUUAUAAGCAGAUAGAGAAAACUAUAAGGCUAAUUAAAAAGUCUUUUAACAAUUUAGCAGAUGAUAUUUUGAUAAUGCUGAACCUUAUAUCAAGCAAGUGAUUGCUCAUGACACGCCGUCUCAUCUCUGCAGAGCGAGAUCUCCAUAUCGCAGUUAAGAUAUUUAGAAAUAAAAAGGAAUUAGCUCAACAAAAAAGAGCAUUGAUCCCUAUCAUUCCGAAUUGUAUCCUUAAGCAAAGGAUAAUAUUGCAAAAGGCUUUAGUACUCAUAGACUUUAAAAAAUAAAAAGAGAGCGGCUUAUCUUCUUACAAGCCUUCUUAAGGUUGGAAAAUUUUAUGAUCCUGCCACUAGGAAAGAGGCUUUACAAGUUUUAACUCGUUUACUCACCUUUACACCUGAAGGAAAUCUGAUGGAUAAAUAUGAGGAACUCAACAAUAUUACAGAGAUGUCUCAACUAUUUAAUCCAGAAAAGAACAAGAAUGUCAUCUUAUUGGUAGACUCUACUGACGGAGACUACUUCAUGACUAAAACAAACCUUUGAUGAGAAAUAUUUGAUAAUUUGAACUCGAAGGAUUAUGUUUCUCUUUUAUCGAUGUCUGAAAAAGUAAAGAUAGUAUUUUCUAUGGCAAAUAAAACUCAAAAUACCGUGCAACUUUAUAACCAACUGCAAUGUUUAGAACCUUCUCCUUCAAGGAAGAUACCCUUGAUGAAGGGUAUCUUCAAUGCCAUCGAGGAUAUGAAAACUCAAUGAACAUCUAAUCUUCGUAGAAAUAAUUUUCAUUGGAUAAUUUGCAUUGUUAGUACUUCUGAAACCUCUAAUUUUUAUCCAAAAAUAUGUCGUAAAAUUGAAAAAGACAUGAAGGAAUAUAAAAUUGGGUUCCUUUUCAUCACUGUUGGAAACUCUCAUCCCAAAAAAUUUCAAGAGCUAUACAAAUCGGUGGAUUUUAACAACUCGACGAUCUUCCUCAAUAUUGAAAGUAGCUUUAUUCAGAGACUACAAACAAAGGGAGGAAGAGGUAGAGCUUUUUCCAUUCCUAAACCCUCGCAAAGCACAACUCCCCAAAUUUCAGCAGGAGCACAACAACUCAGAAGCCUUCUCAAGAAUAUGAGCAAUGUUGAAGUAGGAGUAGAGGAUCUGGUUUAUGAAAAAUUUUAACAAGUUUAGUACUAUGAAUACAAACUACUAAACUCCAU